AUGGUGACGUUUGAAGUCAGGCCAAGAACACCCACAGAGACAAGUUUACAGCAGCUUGACACUCCAGACACGGCGCUACAGGCAUUGCGGACGAUCAAACAUGCUGUGGUUGGCGCAAGAAACAAGAAAACUGCAUAUGUAGAAUUAGGCAUCAUUCCCAGACUCGUGGAAUUCCUCUCUGAUCCUUCCUGCUCGGACCAAAUCAAAAAUGAAGCUGCGACUGUUCUAGGUUCUGUUUCAUACGGAAACAAGCUACCCCCUGACGACGCUGCAAUUGUUGCUCUCCUAAACCUUCUAUCAUCCAAAGACUUGAAACUAGUUGAUUCUUGUGCAAGAGCCCUAAAAGCGAUAUUCGAGUCAACUUCCAAUGUCUCGAAAGAUGUCGUAUUCAAGUCCAAUUACAUUGCUAUAUUGGUCUCGCAUCUUUCUCCCGAUACGGAUCUAGGAAUCCCACAGAAUUAUCUUUCCACAAAAGCACACAUCAUACAGGUCGUCGCCUCCAUCAUUGCCCGCAUUGCUACUACAACUCAAUCACAAGUAAUCCUAUCGCAAGGCGGAGUGGUACCAAAACUGGUCAAUCUUCUAGACGAAGUUUACAGUCCAAGAACACAGGAGGCCGCUGUCGAUGCACUAGGUUGCCUGUGCCAUGAUAACCACCUCAUAGCUAAAGAAAUCGUCAACAACUCCACUGCAUCAGGAGAACCCGCUAUAAGAGCCGUCCUUCGUUUGCUAAGAACCAAGAGACCAGUCACACGACUGCUGGCAGCUGCAUGUCUCACCAAUUUCGUACGCACGGAUGUAUUGCCUCCUCAAAACCACGAGGACGUUAUACUCAUAGUAUUGCCAACACUCAUUGAACUAUUUUGGGAACCUCAGCCGAGUUUCUCAGUGCAUAAUCCCUCAUCUAAUGACUCGCAUACAACACAAACAACAACAUUAACCAACGCAUCAUCAGAAUGGGCCAUAGUUCAGGAACGUGCUCCUCUAGUAUUUGCUUCCUUGGUCUCCGAGUCAGAGAGAUUACAGAAAGCUGCUAUGGAAGGCGAUGCUAUAAUCAAGCUCGCAUCAGUAAUACUCGGAUCAGAAAAGCCUGAUGUGGAAUCGGGCCCGAAAACACUGAAAAAAUCCACUAAAUCAUUAAGUAAUCUCCGGAAAACAGUCGUCAAGGAGGUGGAAGUCCAACGCCCUCUUGCCAAAUCUGUUCAUGCCGAUCGUGUCCGCGAGGCGGCCUUGGUUGCUGUUGCUGCUGCAUGUUCUCUGAAAGAAGAAUGCCGUAAACAGGUCAUAGAUGCUAGGCUACUGCCCGUUAUUGUGACAUAUCUGUCGCACACCACUGUAGGACUACGAGCUGCCGCUUGUCAAUGUACCCAUUCUCUUUCACGAUCAGUCAAAACAUUACGAACAUCGUUAGUAGAUGCUGGUAUAGCUCUACCUCUGCUUGCUCUCCUCUCAGAUACAUCCCGAGAUGUCCAAUUGACAGCCUCCGCAACUCUGUGUAAUCUAGUUCUAGAUUUCUCGCCGAUGAAGACCACGCUAUUAGAGAAUGGUGGGGUUGAACGACUUGUAGAAAUGGUUUGGCUGUCUGAUGUCGCACUGCAGCUCAAUGCCAUAUGGGCGCUCAAGAAUCUAUUGUAUAAAGCAGAACUCAGUGUCAAGAAGCAAGUGAUGAAAGGUCUCACUUGGCAAGGGUUGGAGAGGCUAGUUUGGCAUUCAGAGAUAGGAGUGCAGGAGCAAGCCCUCAAUCUGUUACGAAAUCUAGCUAGUGACCGAGAAUCGGAUAUAGAUGAAUUGUUUAACGGGUUUGGACGAGAAAAACUGUUGAGUUUGUUAGAUGCUAAGCUUGGUCCCUCUAAUCACGAUGAGAUCUUGACGCAGGCAUUGACUUUAUUAAGGAAUCUUGCCGGUGGUGUUGGAAGUGAGCGACAUAAAUCGUCCAUCAUGUCUAGCGAUGCCAUUUUGCGUUCCGUAUUACGACUCAUGGUGCACCCGAAACGAGAUAUUCGAGGUCAAGCGAUAUGGGUAGUCCUCAACUUGACGUGGCGUGAUGAUACAGGAUCGUUUCAAAGAGUAGCCCAAUUGACGAUACUCGGGUUUGAAGAGGCAUUGAGGAAUGCCUUGAAUGACCAGGAUCUGGAAGUUCGAGAAACGGCCAAAAAGGCAAUUGCUUUAUUUAACUCUGACGGGCCUCUUUCGAUGCCUCCAGUUGUCGAUAGGGACAGCGAGAAUGGCACUUCAGCAUUCGGUGAUAUGAUUUCUCAUCUUGGACAGGACGCUGUUGGUCGCGGGUGGUGA